AUGGAGUUCUGUAUCAUUACACCUAUCAAACCUCGAUCUAUCAAGAUUGAGUCAUGUCUUCCUCCAUCUAUCACGCCAUCGCACGGCCGACUUCCAUUAUCCUACCUACCACGGGAGUCAAAACUACUACGAAUACUCGCCGUGGACAAGGACACGUCUUACAGCAGUGUUCCGAAAGGUGGUCAGUAUGAGGACUUCUCUUGCAUCACAAACACUAUCAACACAAAUGCAUGCGAAGUCACAGCCCUAUGGAAGGCUGUUGUCGAAUAUUACCGACCCGGUGGCAAUAUUCCCGACGAGUCUCCCGACGAUGCUAAGAAGACCACGAACUUCCCCAAUCCAGUCAAUAUUCUGAAAUUGCAUUCCAACCUAUCAACGAAGGAAUGGGCACUCAACAUCGCCAGCAACCUCAAUCGACCGAUGCUUAUCCCAGUCACCUAUAGAGACAACCCUUCGAUGACCAACUCAGCAAAGACCUCUUGCAUCGACCCUAUCCGAUUCAUGCUUCUCCACGGCCUAGAUGCUUCACCACAGGAUUCAAGCAUGUGCCUUCUGCGACACGAAGAAGGAAUAAUGGUUCUGGUCAUCUCCGACGUUUCAACCCUCAUGCGCUGGAAACUAUCACCGGCUCAUGUGAGAAGAUUAAGGGGACCAUUGAUCCCGGGGACACUUGACGACAUCCACGGUCUCGUUGUCGCUUAUCUCAGCCAGUUGAUCUACGCUACCAUCUGUUGGCAGAGUUGGAGGAGGAAUCCAGGCCAGAUGGUCUUUAUGUAUGUUGUCGACAGCCUAGCCGGGAUGGCCAGGUUCAUGGAGGAGUACGAGGAAAGCCAUGGACAAUCUGGAUACCAUGCGUGCAUUGGGCAUGUUGGCGAUGACCAGUCCUGGGAUGCAGUCGCCGAUGUUCAGAACCAAGGGGAUGAUGUUAUAGAGCUAAACGUGGCAAAGGCCAUGCGCCGGGUAUUCCACCUGGCCAUCAUUGCUAUAUGGUAUCUCGACGCGGCCUAG